UAACAAUAACGUAAUAAUAAUCAGUAUAUAGAUUUGCCUUCAUUGCUCAUCGUCGCUAGUAAUAUCAUCACACACAGCUGCAACUGAUCAGAACUGCAGAUAACUUUGUGAACACCAAUGGCUGUCAGAAACAAUCUUCUAUUGCAACUUGUAACAACACUAUCUUUCUUGGUAACAGUCACUCACCAAACUCCUAUCCAUACAGCAAUUUCAGCUAUGUUCAACCCUCAGUGUUUCCGAAAUGCUUAUUAUCUCAAUGUUCGAUGUCUCGUUCUAUUGUGGGAUGUAUCAAGACAUCCAGUCUAUGGACAGGAAGAAUCUCAGACAUCAAGACUAAACACCAAUAGUGAUCCAGAUAAUCAAGCUCAUGAUGGAAAUUCAAGUGAUGAAAAUAAAUCAAGAAAGAAAAAAAGAAAAUGUCGAAAGAAACGUCUUAUCAAUUGCCCUGACUACAAGGAAGUCAUCCAAGACGAUUUCAAAGGAUAUGAGAUGGAUUGUUCUGGAAUUAUGCAAUGCCACGUAGAUGUGAUGCGUUUGAUUAACAAUUGUUCUCUUGAUAAAAGCCUUGAAGUAGUGUGGGAAACGCUUUGGAACACAGCAAAGAGCAAAGCUUGUGAGCAGAAAGAAGAAAACUCAGAUUCUGAAUCGGAUUCAGAUUCUGACUGAACACUAUAACUAUCCGUGACUUGGUAUAAACAAUAGUUGUUACUAUUUUGCGUAUCUCUUGAACGGAUUCACUAUUUACUGUGCUACGAAACAAACUUUUUAACACAUGAAACAUGUAUCCAAAUGCCAUGCAAUUGUCAUUCUAAC